UAGAAGAAAAGAAAGAUAAAACUCCAUUAGAAAAAUACAUACCAGUAACAUAAUCUUUGUGAGUACAGGUAAUCUGAAACUGAAUAACAUUUAUGACCAUAUGGCCUAGAGAAACAACAUACUACUUAAAUACCCAUUCUUUCUCUUCUGUCCCAAACUGACAGUUCAAUGGCUGCUAGAGAGCCCAAACCAGUUAAACUUAAAGAACUCCUUCAAGAACAGCAAGAACCUUUUAUUUUUGACCUUUAUCUAUUAGAAAAAGGUUAUUUUAGAAAAAGCUUUAACCCAACUAGUGGCUUCACUUGCUGCAAUGGAAAUCCAAGAAAGUCCUUGAAGAGGUCAGUUAGCUUUGGCCUAAACCCGAGUAACAAAAAGGGUAUCACUCAAUGUUCCAAGGUAUUUACAGCUGUAUAUAAUCAGGUUAUUUCAUUAAAUGGGCGGUUCAGAAUCAAAGGUUCCAGUCGUAGAAAUGGAAAUGUUAAUGUUGAAGAAAAUAAGGACCGGUAUAAUAAUCAAGAAGCAGCAGAAUUUGACAGAUUUUCUUCUGCUAGCAGUUCUACUGUGUUUAAUUCAUGUUCUGGAAGUGAUGCAGAAGAAAACUCAACAUCACAGCAAAAAACUCAAAUCUUAUUCACACCAAACGACCAAAGGCUCUGUAAUUUGAUAAGAGAAGAGGCUGUUACAGAUAGAAAGCAUCCAUGGCAAUGCAUCGUAGAGAGUAGGCAAUUCAGUCCCGUCUCUGUAUUAGAAGAGGUUUCUUCACUCCAUUACAAUAAAACAGGGUACUUCAGUGCAGUAAAAGAAAAUAAUUCUUCAAAGACUCGUGCUCUUCUCCCCAAGGAAGUUACAGAAGAUACUAUUUUAUCAGCCUCUCUUUGGAAAAUACUUAUCAACUCAGAAGCUGAGAAAGCAAAUAUACCACAAGUCCCAGAAACACAGGAGCUUGCACAAUCUGAUAUUUCUUCAAAAUCCUUGAAACCUAAGACAGUUAUUCAGUUGAAACAAACAAAGCAACUUCUUUUUGACUGUGUAAGGGAGAUAGUAGAAACCCAAGGAAGGAAGGAGAAGCAGAGACAGUUAUUAGCAUCAGAACAAAUUGGAAAGCUUAUUGGAGAGAAAGUAAAGUUGUGGGGAAAACAAUCAAAGUUGGCACAACUUUUGGAAAUAGAAUUUCUUGAUUCAACGCAAGAUUGGAGCUGUUACGAGAAACAGAGAUGGGAAAUGGGGUUUGAGAUUGGAGAUGCAAUUUUUGAAGACAUGAAGAGUGAAAUUGUGACAGACAUGAUCGAUUUAAUAACCGGAUGUUGAGAUGGUAUCAGAAGUAAUUAUUUCCCAGUUUUUGCAUUAUAUGCCAUCUUUCUAUUUUACUUGAUCAAAUUAUUAGAAUCAGAAAAUUACGAGUUUAUUUUUGACUGAGAUAUUAAGCCAGUCACGGACAUUGCACACUGAGAACAAUCAGGUCCCCACACCAUGUAACUGGAAUGGACAAGAAUCGACAUUUGCCAAUCCUAAACUUACUCGUGUUCAAAUAAUAGAAAUAAGGUCAAAGUUCAUUGAAA